AAAAAAAACGGAGACUUUGUCAAUUAGUCUUCUGAACAAUGCGAACUUGAUUCUUCCCUGUUACCUCUUCCUCGGCAAACCCUAAUUUCCGGUUAGUUUGGUGAGCUAGUAAUUUGGUUUUAGAAUGAGCGUUAACGAAAAUCCCCGAGUAGUCUCGGGAAAUGGCGAGGACAAUGUCGGGAUUCCAGAUGAUAGGCGGUGCAAGAGAUCAGACGGUAAGCAGUGGAGAUGCACCGCGAUGUCAAUGCCGGACAAGACUGUGUGUGAGAAGCAUUACAUCCAGGCCAAGAGGCGGGCUGCUAAUUCCGCUUGGCGGGCAAGCCUGAAGAGGGCGAAAAGGAAAUCCUUUGAUGAAUCUGAUGCGUAUGCUGAGGGUAACGUCGAUAAUUUCGAGACAACCCUUACUGGCAUGAAGGUUGGUGACUAUAGUAAUGGUUCGGUCUCGAGGAAGAACAGUGCUAAGGAGAAGAGUUAUAAAAGCCAGAUGGGGUACUCAUCGGAGGCACCCGGAACGAGGAACUUCUCUACGCGUUUUGUGAAGUCGAAUGACGAGUCAUUAAGAGAUGCUGGACAGUAUGAAGAGACCUGGAGACCGUAUAGGACACCACCCAUUGCUGCGAUAGACUCAUCUCUCAAUAGAUCACAACAAAGCUUUAGUCCCAUGGACUACUCUGGUGCGAGCACUGAUGCUUCUGCAGAAACUUUGGAGCAGACAUGCCAUCAAUGCCAGAGGAAAGACGAAGAGGGAAUCAUUUGUUGCCUCAAAUGCAACCGGAGAGCGUUUUGCAGCACUUGUAUUUCGACGUGGUACUCGGAGUUUUCUCCCGGAGAAAUCGAGAAGGCUUGCCCUUCGUGUCGUGGUUUGUGCAAUUGCAAAUCUUGUUUACGCUCUGAUAAUGCAAUAAAGGUACAGAUUCGGGAAAUACCCAUCUUGGACAGGUUGCAACAUCUUUACCGUCUAUUAUCAGCCGUGCUUCCGGUAAUAAAGCAGAUCCAUCGUGAACAAUGCUCGGAAGUAGAACUAGAGAAGAAGCUACGUGGAACCGAGAUAGAUCUUGUCCGGGCAAGAUUGAAAGCAGAUGAGCAGAUGUGCUGCAAUGUCUGCCGGAUACCGGUUGUUGACUACUACCGUCAUUGCUCGAGCUGCUCUUAUGACCUGUGUCUGAGAUGCUGUCAGGACCUGCGUGCAGAAUCCUCGGUCGAGGUUAUUGGGACGGCCCAAGACAUAGCUGGUAAAGCAGGUGUUCCAAAGCUGAGACUGAGGUUUUCAGACAAGUUUCCUAAGUGGAAAGCCAACAGCAACGGGGGCAUCCCUUGCCCGCCAAAGGAAUAUGGAGGAUGUGGAUCACAGUCUUUGAAUCUGGGCCGCAUAUUCAAGAUGAAUUGGGUUGCGAAGCUUGUGAAAAACACGGAGGAGAUGGUUAGUGGCUGUAAGGUAUCAUCAUACGCAGGGGAACUUCAGGACUCUGACCCGUCUGAUUCCGGGUUCUGCAAAUUGGCUCACAGAGAGGACAGCAGUGACAACUUUGUGUACAGCCCUUCACUUGACGUGAUUAAAUCGGAAGGAGUAAUCAGCUUUGAGAAACAAUGGACAGAAGGCCGGCCAGUUAUCAUUAAACGGGUACUUGAUGAGACUUCUCUUCGUAACUGGGACCCAGAAGUUAUAUGGAGGGAUAUAAAGGAGAUUUCAGAUGAAAAAACGAAAGAUCAGGAUCCGCUGGUGAAGGCUGUAGAUUGCCUCAAUGGGUCAGAGGUUGAUAUAAGACUUGGUGAGUUUAUGAAAGCAUAUGCCGAGGGAAGGACCCGGGAGAACAGUCUCCCGCAACUGUUGAAGUUAAAGGAAUGGCCGAGCCCAAGUGCUUCCGAGGAGUUGCUUUUCUACCAGAGACCUGAAUUCAUCAGUAGGCUGCCGCUUCUCGAGUACAUACAUCCCCGGUUAGGUCUUCUGAACGUUGCAGCCAAGUUGCCUCAUUACUCGCUGCAGAGCGAUGCAGGGCCGAAAAUUCACGUGGCUUGUGGGACAUAUGAAGAACUUGGUUCAGGGGAUUCAGUGACUUAUCUUCACUACAACAUGCGUGACAUGGUAUACCUCUUGGUGCACACAUCUGAAGGAACAUUAAAAGGGUCUACAGAGAUGAAACCUGAGACAGAAAAACCCGAGGAGGAGACAGAGGAAGGUGAUGCACUUCAGAGCACUGAGGCUGAAUUAGAGGAUGGGAAGUUACCCGAUCUUUCACUUGAUAGGCCUAAGGCAGAGCAGAACGAUAGUGAGACGAGGCCGGUCGUAGAUUCGGUUGAUGGAACAGAUCAUCACAACGAGGAAUCUUCUUGCGUGACAAGUGCAGGAGCUCGCUGGGAUAUCUUCCGCCGGCAAGAUGUUCCAAAACUGGUUGAGUAUCUCCAAACGCAUUGCAGAAUGUCCCAGAAGCCCGAUUACUUGAUAGACGACUUUGCCUCAAGACCAUUGUACGAAGGAAUGUUCCUAAAUGAAGAACACAAGAGAAAACUUAAGGAAGAACACGGGAUCGAGCCGUGGUCAUUUGAACAGCACCCUGGUGAAGUUAUUUUCGUCCCUACAGGAUGUCCCUUCCAAGUCCGGAAUCUUCGGUCAAACGUUCAGCUAUUGCUCGACUUCUUGUUCCCCGAGAGCGUGGGCGAAGCUGUGAGACUAGCUGAAGAGAUCCGAUGCCUACCGAAUGAUCACGAGGCAAAGAUUCAGACUCUAGAGAUCGGGAAGAUAUCAUUAUACGCAGCCAGCUCGGCAAUCAAAGAGGUUCAGAAACUCGUCUUGGAUCCAAAAUUGGGUGCAGAGCUUGGCUUUGAGGACCCUAACUUAACCAAAGCAGUGUCUGAGAACUUGGAAAAGGCAGUGAAGCGGCCACAUAUUAGCUGCGUAUAGAAUAUAGUUUUGUAUUAUAUACAGGAAAAAAGGUUGUAACUUUAGACUUGGCCACGUUCGGGAAAACUAUGAUGGUCAUCGUUAACAAAUGGAUCUUGGCAUAAGUUAAGCAGAUCUUAAAUAAUAACCAAUAUUUUUAUUAUUA